AUGGCAGUGUUGGUCAUCAUGACCAUUGUCAUCCCCCUGCACUCCUCUCUGCCUGCCAUAUUCUCCACUCCAUGCCCCUCACCUCCCCCAUGCCUCACGUCACUCUUGCCACUCUCACUGUAUGCUUGUCCCACGCUCACCACGCAUGUGCUCUGCCCUCUCCCUCGCCGUCCUGUGUAUCCGCCAUCCCUCACUGCAACAGGCGGAGCAACCAGCAGCGCCACCACCAUUGACACGGCCAUGCCCUUCCCUCGCCACUCUUCUCCCUCCGCCUCCGCCUCCUCCGCGCCCACCAGCGGCACUGCUGCACCUGCUGUCGCUACUCUACUCCCCUCUCCUGCUCGUGCUACCACUCCGCCCACUCCCACACUCCUUGCCGCCACAAGCACAGGGGAGAGCGGUGGCAGCGGUGGUGGCGGGUCAGCAGGAACACCUGCUGCCGUGACUGCUCCUGCAGAACCAGGUCCUGGCGAUGCAGCAGCAACAGCAGCAGCAGCAGCAGCAGCAGCAGCAGCAGCAGCAGCAGCGGCGGCGGCGGCAGCGGCAGCGGCAGCGGCGGUGUAUGGAGCUGGGGAGCAGGGGGCGGAGGGGGAGCUGGUGGGGGAGCGGCUGGUGAUGGUGGUGACGCCCACGUAUGCGCGUGCGUACCAGACACUCUACCUCGCUCACCUCACCAACACCCUGCACGCCGCUGCGCCCCCGCUGCUGUGGAUCGUGGUGGAGGGCGCCAACAAGACGAAGGAGACGGCGCAGGCGCUGGAGCAGACGGCAGCGCAGUGCGUGCCGCAUGGUGACCCCGCGUGCCGCAUGCUGUUUGAGGAGCUGCGAGCCAUCAGGGUGGUGGGCGUGUUCCCGGUGGGAUUCCUCUUCUCAGCCGACUACGCAACAUUCAACCCUAGCAAGCCCUCGCGCCCCUUUCUAGAGCGCCCCCUCGUGCAGCGCGGCAGCGACAGGGUGGCGCGCGUGGAGGGGUGGGAGACGUUUGAGUGGUCCAUUCCCAAGGGCAAGCGCGGCGGCGCCUACCGCUCCUUCUGCUCCGACAUGGCUGGCUUCGCCUUCAGGUGUGCGCUGGGUGGGUCGGGGUGGGAUGGCCAGAGGAAGGGUGCGAGAUGA